GGGCUUUGGGCGUCUAUACUAGACUAGUGGGGCCCAGGGCUAGCCCAGGGGCGCCAGGGACGCCGCCGGGCCUAGUUGGCUUGCUACAUGAGGGUGGUGCCCCCUUGGUCUGGGCAUGGAUCCCUCACCUUCAGAUGCCGAUCUCGUCCCUGAUCCCUCAUCGGGGUCCGGUCGCAGGGUCGCGGUCCUCGAGAAACGCCCUCUGGCCACGAAGGAAUGCGACCAGCGGGGUGGGCCGGUCAUGCCAAGGCGCAUGAAACAUGUCUCCAUCCCUUCUAGAACGCAGGGUUUAUUUGCCAGUCUUUCGGGCUGUUCGGAUCGAGGAUUCUUGCAUCGGCCUCCAGUAACAGUUGAAAUGGUAGUGAGACGAAUCUGCAUUCGUGGUGUCCUCACGCCAGCGCUUAUUACCUGCGUCGAGGUAGGCAACGAGGUCACACUUGGUGGCAAAGAGAAGUGGUCGCACAAAGCAGGGUGUAGCCUGAGCUACCAACCCUUUGAAAACCAUCGCGCCAAAGCGGCCACGAAAAAAGCGUCACAUAUUGAUACUUCACCUCGCUGCCCGUGUUCAAAAUGUACUACCGAGACUGCCAACGGUGGUACAAAAGAUGAGCGUGCCAGCGCCAAAAGAUGUAGCAGCGCCACAGAGUCGCAGCCUCCUGAAACCGACGCAAUCACGAUAUCUCCUCCAACAACACCGCAGUCUUUCCGCAGCGAUGUGACGAAACGACUUUCUAUUGCACACCAAUUCUGUUUUGCACCGGUCACGAGUCGCCUGCUAGUCAAGACACCCAGCUUAUUCUGCCUUGGAGCUGCCAAUCCUGUAACACCGAAUCGUAAACCUACUGACCACGCGCGAGCGAACGCCAUUACCGUGCAGGGCCACGGCCUGCGUGAACGCCUUGAGGCCCAUGUCCUCGCCGUCGGGGUGCCAGUGGCAGUAGGCGAGGUACGCGUUGACGACGCACAUGCCGAGCAGCGUCGCGAAGACGCGGUGCCACCAGCACUUCGUGUCCCAGGCCAGCUCGAGCGCGAGGGAGUGGCGGCCCUGGCGCAGGUGGUUGUGGCGGUCGAUGGACCCGGCGCCGGCGUAGUAGUGGUUGACGCAGAGCGGCUGCGGGACGUCCUUCGUGACGAUCGUGUGGCCGCCCGAGCCGUCGUUCUGGAUGCGGCGCUUCGCGUGCGGCGUGCCCGGCGCCGUCGAGCCGGCCGAGAAGACGAAGCACUUGCGCUGGCCCGUGGCCUUGCCCGUGCUCUUGGACUUGCCCACGUCGAACCACAUGAGCGCGGCGACGUCGACGCCGUGGACGCGCGUCGUCAGCGUCGUCGCGUCGCCGCGGUCCAUCGCGUCGCCGUCGAGGCCCAUGAGGUGCUUCAUCGGGAAGCCCGAGUGGGCGGUCUUGACGACGCCCAUGAAGUAGUGGCCGUUGAUCUCCAUGCACGCGACCGUCGUCGCGAGCGAGCCGAACGCGGAGUCGCCCAGCACGAUGUGGGCCUUGCCGCGCCAUCUCGACGUGAGGCGGAGGACCGCGCCCGUGCCCUUGGGGUAGUCCUUGUCGUAGAGCUUGGCCCGCUUCGAGUGCCUGCCCUCGACGAGCUCGAUCUGCAUCAAGAUGCCCGUCUCGACGUCGCUCACGCCCAUGAUCUCGGCGCCGACGCCCUUGGGCUUGCGCGCGAUCUUCUGCACGUGGGCCAUGCCGUCGUCCGCCUUGGCGUCGAGUCCCUUCCACGCCGACAUCGACUCGUCGACGCACUGGUAGACGCCGGGCGAGACCGCGUGGGCCCACGUGUCGUUGACGGCGCCCACGAACUCGCGCACCGGCACCCACGCGUCGGCGGUGCGGUCGUCCUGCGUGUAGUUGCAGAGGCGCAGCGCGCCCAGGAUCUCCUCGAACCGGCUGUUCGUCAUCCCGAACCGCCCGAGGUCCGGGCCCGGGUAGAUGGCGUCGGGCGGCGUGUCCUUCUGCCAGUAGGCGGCGCGCGGGCCCGGGACGUCCUGCAGCGACAUGGCCAUGAUGUAGCCGAAGAGCUGGAGCAACUCGGCGCGGUCCGGCUUCUUGCGGCCCUGGCGCAUGUUGUCGCCCGUGGCCGUGACGAUGCUGCCGAGCAUGCCCACGGGGAAGAACCGCUCGAAGUAGGCCCCGGGCGGACGGUUGUCGCCGAGGUCGUUGCCCCAGUUCAUGCUCGCGCGCCAGCUCCGGUCGCUGCGCCACGUCGUGGGCAGGCCGUGGGGCAUGGCGGUCCAGACGACCUCGCCGAGCGUCUUGUGCGCGAUGUUGACGCAGCCGGGCACGCCCUCCGUCUCGGCGCCGGCCUCCUCGUCGACGACGUCCUCGUCGACGUCCGACUCCUUCGAGUCCUCGUCCGAGUCGACGGGCUGGGGCUCGUCGGCGUGCGGCGGCGCGGCGAGCCGCGAAAGCACGCGCGGGACGACCUCGGACCGCAUCGUCGUCCCUUUCACGUCCCAGUCGACCUUCCAGCGCUGCUGCUGGCGGUCCCGGGGCGGCACGUGCUCGACGAGCUUGCCCGUGAGCUUCUGGUUGCGCCAGCCCGUCCCGAGGGCCUCGCGAAGGGCCGCAUCCAAUCCGGCCUUGUGGGCGACGAUUUCGACCGCAUCGCCGACGGCGAGCUCACUCUCCAUCGUCGCCUGGCGCGUCAUCCUUGUCGAUUUGAGCAAACUCAAGUCGUGCGGGCAUCUACGCGCCGGCGCCGAGGCAGACGAAGUCGCAGCGUCGACCGACGACGACUGGGUUGA